AUGAAUAGCCUUGAUGCGAAACGAUUUUUCCAAUAUGUGACUGUAGUAGCUGCUGUGUGUCUUGCCAAAAAAGUAUCACUGAAAAACACAAUCAGCCGGCAUGGAUACCCAGUGGACAUUCAUAACGUUACAACAGACGACGGAUACAUUCUUGGCAUAGUACGGAUUCCAAAGCAAGGUCACACUCCGGUCCUUUUGGUGCAUGGCUUACUGUCCUCAUCGGCCGAUUGGUGCAUUGUGGCAAAACAUUCGCUGGCUUUUCGCCUCUUCGAUGCCGACUUUGAUGUCUGGCUGAUGAACGCCAGAGGCAACACAUUUUCCCGACGACACGUAAGCAUCAGCGCCGACCAGGAGCGUUUUUGGAAUUUUAGCUGGCAUGAGAUUGGAAUGUUUGACCUUCCCGCUGUUAUCGAUUAUAUUCUAGGAAUCACUGGUUUUAACUCGUUACACUAUGCAGGGCAUUCCCAAGGAACAACGUCCUUUUUUGUUAUGUGUUCGAGCCGUCCAGAAUAUAACCGUAAAAUAAAAACUGCGCAUUUAUUGGCACCCGUAGCGUACAUGUACCACACCUAUUCACCCCCAACGCGGGUAUUAAUCCCGAGAACUAAGGAACUUGGAGUUGUGGCCCGAUUGCUUGGCAUAUGGGAAUUACUUGGUCGUUCGGAUAAUCCUUUAAUAGCUGGUGUUCAGGACUCUAUACCACCCGAGACAUUCAUGUCGGUCAUCUACGCAUUCUCCGGUCAACGAGCGGUUCAGUUCAACGAAUCGAUUAUCCGACAGAUCAUGGAAACCCUUCCGGCGGGCUCCGCGCUGAAACAGUUUGAACAUUAUUCCCAGCUGAUUUCGACCGGACGGUUUCAGCAAUUUAACUACGGAACAAAGGGCAACCGGCAGCAUUAUAAUGCUUCGAAACCACCCAGUUAUCAAGUAGAGCGGAUCAAAGCACCGUUGGCGCUGUACUACAGUGAUAACGAUUGGUUUGUGGCGUUGAAGGAUGUCAAACAGCUCAAAAAGAAACUGAAAAAUGUGCUUCUGGAUUACCAUGUGCCCUUGCCGCAAUUUAACCAUCUGGAUUUUCUCUACGACGAGUACGCGUAUAACUUGUACGAUGAAAUAAUUCGACUGAUGAAAGAUAGUGAGAAAAAUGAAUAUUGA